GUCACUUGCCGAUGGCAGUUUAGAAGCAAAUUUUUCAAACUGAAAUACAUUUACUGUGAAAUUUCAUUAAAUCAGUGUUUUUGAACAAGUGGGCAAAGAUUUCAUUGAAAAAGCAAAAAUUGUCAUUUCUUACGCAACGAGAACAAAUGUAUAACGAGUACAGCACGAGGGGAUAGAAUAUUCUCUACGACGUUUCGUGUACAAUUUAAUCUUUGAAAAGAACUUUAACAAUCAGUCCGUCAUAUAAAUUUUUGUAUUAAAACAGAAUUUUAUGAAAGAAAUACUGUGAUUUCAGUGAUAAAUACAAACGUAAUAGCUACCAAUUUGAUCGAAGAAAGUAGAAAACGUUUAUUCCUACAAAGAAAUAUAAAAUAUUGUGUCUUGUGUGUGCUCUGUAUUAAUUUUUGUUGAACAAUCGCAUUAAGUUUUGAAAAAGGAACACCUACCUACACACGUAUCAACUUUUUUUCCUUCAUCUGGAUUCGGUUCGUUGGUUAAUUGCAGAUCGCUUUUCCUGUCAGAAAGAGGUCUGAACAUGUUCAUCGAGGAUGAUGUGCACAUGGAAAGCUUUUGGGUGCAAACAGCAAUUGGCGCCAUCAACGCCUUGGCAUUCGUUUGCGAUGUUAUAUCAUUUCCAGUAUACUUAAUGCUGCAGAAGCCAUGGCGGCGUCGAGAGCUGUCCAAACGUAUUAAGGCCAAGACAAUCAGCAUGGACGAUAAGCAAGUCACUUAUCGUACAACCGAAACGCCGCGUGAAAUUCACGUAAAAAUGCUACAAAACAACAUUGACACGCUGGAGAAAAUGUUCAGUUUUGUGACGAAAAUUCACAUGAACAAACGAUGCCUGGGCACACGUGAAAUACUCAGCGAAGAGGAUGAAGUUCAGCCGAAUGGCCGUGUGUUCAAAAAGUACAACAUGGGCGAAUAUAAAUGGAAGAAUUUCAUUGAAGUGGAGCGGCUGGCUGCUUGCUUUGGACGAGGAUUACGUGAAUUGGGACAAAAGCCGAAACAGAACAUUGUCAUUUUUGCGGAAACCAGAGCUGAAUGGAUGAUCGCAGCCCAUGGUUGUUUCAAACAAAAUAUUCCAGUAGUUACGAUCUAUGCGACGUUAGGAGACGACGGUGUCGUGCAUGGUGUCAAUGAAACCGAAGUUACAACAAUCAUCACUACACAUGAAUUGUUGCCGAAAUUGAAGGUCAUUUUGCACCAAAUGCCUAAUGUGAUCAAUGUUGUGUAUAUGGAAAGUCAAUUACACAAAACCGACACAAGUGAUUUCAAGGCUGGCGUUAAAAUUAUUCCAUUCUCGCAAGUCAUUCGCACUGGAGUUGAUAGCAAAUUCCAACCGAAUCCACCAACUUCUGAAGAUAUUGCAAUCAUUAUGUACACGUCUGGUUCGACGGGUACUCCAAAAGGUGUACUAUUGUCGCAUAAAAAUUUGGUAGCCACAAUGAAAGCAUUUAGUGAUAUAGCUAAAGUACAACCCGACGACGUUUUAAUUGGAUUUUUGCCCUUGGCUCAUGUCUUUGAAUUGUUGGCUGAAAGUGUAUGCCUUCUGAACGGCAUUUCUAUUGGCUACUCUACUCCUCUGACAUUGAUUGAUUCAAGUAGUAAAAUUAUGCGCGGUUGCAAGGGAGACGCAUCGGUUCUAAAACCGACUUGUAUGACAACUGUACCGCUAAUCUUGGAUCGAAUUUCGAAAGGAAUAAAUGAUAAAGUGAAUGGUGAGACGCCAUUCAAAAAAGCCUUCUUUAAGUUUGCCUACGCCUACAAAGCCAAAUGGAUUCAGCGCGGAUACACAACACCUCUUCUCGACACAAUUAUAUUCAAAAAAGUUGCUAAAUUGAUGGGCGGCAAGGUGCGACUUAUGUUAUCUGGUGGUGCACCACUUUCACCGGACACACAUGAACAAAUUAAGUUGUGUCUCUGUGUAGAUGUUAUUCAAGGAUAUGGUCUAACGGAAACAACAUCCGGUGCAACUGUCAUGGAUGAAUGGGAUAUGAAUUACGGACGAGUUGGAGCUCCAUCGACAAUGUGUGAUAUUCGUUUGGUCAAUUGGGAAGAAGCUGGUUACCGUGUAACAAAUAAACCGUUUCCACAAGGUGAAAUCAUCAUUGGCGGAGACAGUGUGUCAAGAGGCUACUACAAAUUGCCGAACAAAACUGAGGAAGAAUUCUUCGACGAAGAUGGCAAAAGGUGGUUCAAAACUGGUGACAUUGGUGAAUUCCAUGCUGAUGGUGUACUUAAGAUUAUCGAUCGAAAGAAAGAUUUGGUGAAAUUGCAAGCUGGCGAAUAUGUUUCGCUCGGUAAAGUGGAAGCCGAACUGAAGACUUGUGGUGUGGUUGAGAACAUUUGUGUGUAUGGCGAUUCAUCAAAACAGUUUACCGUGGCGUUGGUGGUGCCAAAUCAAAAACACUUGGAAGACAUUGCGUUGAAGAAUGGUGUCACUGGCGUUGAAUUUGAAGAUUUGUGCACGUCACCGGUUAUGGAAAAAGCUGUCAUCAAAGAGUUAGCUGAACACGCCAAAAAAUGUAAACUACAGCGAUAUGAAGUACCAGCUGCCGUCACACUAUGCAAAGACGUUUGGUCACCCGACAUGGGCUUGGUAACGGCCGCAUUUAAACUGAAACGAAAAGAUAUUCAAGAUCGGUAUCAGCACGACAUAAAUCGUAUGUACGCGUCAUGAAAUCAUUAGAGAUAUUCGGUUAAACACACACAUACACAGUCUUAGCAGUGAGAAAGGUGUAGGAAAAUUAUCCGUUUUUUUUUCAUCGUUUCAUUUUUGUUCUUCGUUCUUUCAUACAACAUAUUACAUUUACGGCCUGUAAAUAAAUUAAUUUUUAGAAAAUAAUUUAGAAAUUCACCUAAAGAAAAAAUCGUUAUCGUCACCGCAAAUUAUCAUUUUUCGUUUGCAAAUUAAUAAAUUUUUUCCAUUUUCAAUUUUCGAUAAGUCCAUAAAGUGCAAGAAAAAUGAAAAAUGAAUUAGAAAGAAGGCGAACGAGAGAGUGUUUUAAUGUCCAAAUGUAUUAAACAAAAAUGAGAGUAAAAGAUUUGAUUGAAAUAAUUUAAAACAAAAAAUUAAUGAAAAGAGAAAGAAAGAGGAAUAUAGUUAGCAAAACGUACCCUAAGAAAAACGACGGACUGAUGCGCGGAGUUUUAUUGUUAGCUAGAAUUUAUAAUUAUAUUUUGGUGGAGAGGAAAAAUCAACCCGCGGAGUAAAGUAACCUAUAAUAUUGUACAGAGAGAUAGUAGUUUGUAGUUGUGUAAGAGCAAAGGAUUAACAGUAACGAAAAUGGAAACAUUAACAAACAGAAAAAUAACAGAUACCAAUUACAACAAAACACAAUGAUAUCACAAACAAAAAGAAAAUGAAAUUGUUUACAUAAAAAAUGUAGUCACUACUGGUAGUUUAUUAUGAUCUUAGUUUUAGUCGUAAAUUUG